AUGCUUGCCAAAAGCACCAGGGAACAGAGAGGAAUUAUUCGACGGCUUUUUGCAUGUCAUGCUGGAAUGGGAACGGCAACAAACACUAAUUUUAUGAGGAGCAUACGAAGAAAAGUGCGGCGAUCGUUCAACGUUGGCCGAAGGAGGCCAAGCCUCGUAGGGCCUCCAAUCGCUGACGCUCCGACACGAGCUUUUACGACUUCCUCACCAAUUACCACUUCAGGAAUCAGCGGUCAAGCUCCUCCUACAGGGACACCUCGUUCUGGUACACUUGCUAGUCCGGGUUAUCCAACCUCUGAUUUAAUGCCAUUGCCAACAACUUCUAAACAGACGCGUCCUGCGGGGCCGAAGCCGUCCCGAGGAGUUCUCAUCAAUAAACCCAGCAUACCUGCUGCUGCUGCAGUGGAUCUUCCAUCAAAUUCAAGACGAUCACACAGUGAUCCCGAGAUGAAGUUCGAUCGGGAUCGUCAUCUUCGCUUUCCACAAACUACCAAAGCUUACACGCCACAUCAUUUACCGAUGGGAUCUCAACCAGCAGCACGAGUGCCUGCUCUAAGUCCUGCCGUUAUGGUGGAUCAUAGGAGAACAGCCAGGCUCGCACCGGUGACCCCAAGAUCACGACCUGAACCGUCGGCGCCACCCAUUGAAGAGAUGCCGGCUGAUGAUCUUUCCAAGUGGUUAAGUGAAAAGGACAGCAGCCAAGAUAGUGAAAAGGCGUAUGCCACAGCCGAAGAAAGCUUUGACAUAGCUGAUUUGCAAAGAAAAGUUCAGCAGAUGAGGAUCGAUGGAGCAAUUUUUUCACCAAAUGUUGAUGAUGGUCAAUUGCGAAAGGUUCGUCGCCUCAAUGAUGCGCAGUUAAAAGCUGAGCUGAGGAAAUUUGGCAUUGUUGCUGGACCUAUGUGUGCCAGGACGCGAGGGAUGUAUGAGAAAAAGUUGGUUGCAAUGCGUCGUGGUGCAGCCACUGUGAAAGGAGUGAAAUAUUCGCGUCAAUUGGAAAUGGCAAUGUUGGAUAUAUCAACAGCCGAGAAGGGGAAACCGUUAGAUGACCAGGUCCGAGAAGAAUUCCAACUAGCUGGUGUGACUGCCUUCUGCUAUCUCCUCCUGGAUCCUAGAAAGAUUAGUGUUGACGUGGAUUCAAUGGAUCUGAAAAGUUUCGUGCAAUCAAUUUUUUAUGUCGGGAAAGGUUCAAAGGCACGCCCUCUAGCUCAUCUAAUCGAAGCGAAAAAGGAGAAGGAGCUGAAGUCGCCGAAAUUGACUUCAAACGCGAAACUUCAACGUAUUGAUUCAAUCUGGAAAAACGGAAACGGUGUUGUUUGUCUGCAAAUCAACCACAGUGUUUCCGAUGAAGAGGCUUUCGUUCGUGAGGCUGCUCUUAUAGAGGCGAUCAAACUGGAGAAUUUGACAAAUGUUAAGGGAGGGGAAUGGCGUGGGAAAAGCAAGUCGUGGUCGCCGUCGAUGAGAGCAGAAUUCGGCACCUACCAGUUAUUACGAGCGUUGGGCGUGCUUAAAAUGGAAGGCAUUCGUCCGAUAUUCCCUCAAGCCCUUCCUGACUCCUUGUCUCCUUUUGCACCAAAAAAGAAUGCUUAG